UCUGUUUUCUGUUUACAAGCCUGAAGAUGGCUGCUGCUUCUUCCUGCAAUGUGGAAGAAGACGAGAGCCUGAAGGGAUGUGAACUCUAUGUUCAGAAGCACAACAUCCAACAGAUUUUAAAAGAGUGCAUUGUAAACCUUUGCAUAGCAAAGCCAGACCGACCCAUGAAGUUCCUCAGAGAACACUUUGAAAAAUUAGAAAAGGAAGAAUGCAAACAAAUACUGGCUCGGCAGAAAUCCAGUUCCCAGUCUGAUUCUCAUGAUGAUGAGAUUUCCCCUCCUCCUCCCAACCCAGUGGUAAAAGCUCGACGCAGGAGAGGGGGGGUCAGUGCAGAGGUGUACACGGAGGAGGAUGCUGUUUCUUACGUCAGAAAGGUUAUUCCAAAGGACUAUAAAACCAUGACUGCUCUGGCAAAGGCCAUCUCCAAGAACGUGCUCUUUGCUCAUCUUGAUGACAAUGAACGAAGUGACAUAUUCGAUGCCAUGUUCCCUGUCACACACAUUGCAGGAGAAACAGUCAUACAACAGGGUGAUGAAGGAGACAACUUCUAUGUGAUUGACCAAGGCGAGGUGGAUGUUUAUGUCAACGGGGAGUGGGUCACCAGCAUCGGAGAAGGAGGCAGCUUUGGGGAACUGGCAUUGAUCUAUGGAACACCCCGGGCUGCCACCGUCAAGGCCAAGACAGAUCUCAAGCUCUGGGGCAUCGACAGAGACAGCUACAGACGCAUUUUAAUGGGCAGCACGCUGAGAAAGCGGAAGAUGUAUGAAGAAUUCCUGAGCAAGGUCUCCAUUUUGGAGUCCCUGGACAAAUGGGAGCGGCUGACAGUGGCUGAUGCACUGGAACCUGUCCAGUUUGAAGAUGGAGAAAAAAUUGUUGUGCAGGGAGAGCCUGGUGAUGACUUCUUCAUUAUUACAGAG